UCUGGACCCUGGCAUGCCACAUCUCAUGAAUCACGGUAGGACCACUGUUUCUUCUUGUGCAUGCUUAUAUAUGAUGUCGAUCAUGCACCGUUGCCAUACCAGAUCGUUGGAGACUACGUGCGAGGUCGGCAGAGUAAUUUGGUCCCGAAACCUGCAGUGGGUGCAUAGCUAACUGAAGUUGUGGACCAUCAGGCUUUCCCCCUCGAGUGGUGCAACAACUAUCGGAGCUCUUCUGAGCAUAAUUUAGUUGUGCACGCGAUGGAUUUUGCUCAAGGAUGGGGAUCGGAGAGCAUUGCCGGCAUGAUGAAGACGAUUGUCACAGCCUUCUCGGGAAUUUUAAGUCUGUUGUUGGCAUACCUGCUGUGGGCAGCGGCAGAUAACUGGGUUCUGCAUCGAGAGAGGAAAGGUCCAGUGCAGUGGCCCAUUCUAGGAGUAACGCUGGAGGCUCUAAAAAAUUACCAAACCUUAAACGACUGGGUGGUGUACUAUUUCCUCAGAGACGGGCUCACGUUUUCGUGCAAAAUGAUGCACUUGGACCUUACCUUCACGGCUGACCCUGUUAAUGUGAAACAUAUACUCAAAACCAAUUUUGCUAACUAUGAUAAGGGGAAAUUUUUUCACGAAAACUUCGAAAUAUUUCUAGGGGAUGGAAUUUUUAACGUGGACGGGGAAAUCUGGAGGACGCAGCGCAAGACGGCCAGCUUCGAAUUUGCUUCCAGGAAGCUGAGAGAUUUCAGCACUGUGGUAUUUCGUGAUUAUUCGGUGAAACUGGCCUCUAUACUUGCCCGAGCUGCCACUGCGCAACAGUCGAUGGAUAUGCAGGACUUAUUCAUGAGAUUUACUCUAGAUAGCAUCUUCAAGGUAACCUUCGAUUACGACGUCGGGACCCUCCAGCCGGGGCUUCCCAAUAUCCCCUUCGCCCAGGCCUUCGAAAUCACCAACGAAAUCACCUCCAGCAGGCUUAUCAACCCUAUCUGGAAGCUGAACCGAGCUCUUAAAAUCGGCAGCGAGAGAGUCUUACUUCAGUCGGCAAAGGACGUAGACGAGUUCAUCUACGGAGUCAUCGAGGCAAAAAAGGCUGAGAUGGCAAACUCCAAAACCGAUCUGCUUUCCGGGAAGAGCGAUUUAUUCUCUCGGUUCAUGCGACUGGAGGAAGACGACUCGGACAUCCAGUUCACCGACAAGAACUUCCGCGACACGCUGCUAAAUUUCAUCAUCGCAGGGCGCGACACGACGGCGGUGUCGUUGUCGUGGUUCGUGUACCGGAUGGCGCAGAAUCCGGAGAUGACGGCGAGGCUGCAGCAGGAGCUGCGCGACUUCGACACGGUGCGAAAUUGGAAGCAGCAGCCCGAGGGCGACGAAGGGCUCCGCCGUCGCGUUUUAGGAUUUGCGGAGCUGCUCACGUUCGACAACCUGGUGAAGCUUCAGUACCUGCAUGCCUGCAUUCUCGAGACCCUCCGCCUCCACCCUGCCGUGCCCCUGGAUCCAAAACAUGCAAUAAAUGAUGACAUUCUCCCAGAUGGAACCCAAAUAAAAAAAGGGUCGUUGAUUUACUACACUCCUUAUGCCAUGGGAAGAAUGCCUGCUUUGUGGGGACCUGAUGCUAUGGAGUUUAAACCCCAGAGGUGGUUUGUGGAUGGAGUUGUGCAAACUGAACAACCCUUCAAGUUCACUGCCUUCCAAGCAGGACCUCGGAUUUGUCUUGGAAAAGACUCAGCUAUGUUGCAACUGAGGAUGGUCCUUGCUUUGUUGUAUAGAUUUUUUACAUUCCAAAUUGUAGAAGGGACUGAUAUUAGAUAUCGCCAAAUGGCAACUUUAUUGUUAGCUAAUGGUUUGCCUGCCAAGAUAAUUAAGCAAAAAAAUUAACCAAAGAAGAAUUCUUGAACACAUUUGAGAUUUUUUUAUAAAUUUGUGGAUAAAUGUUAGAAUAUUAUUAUAUAUGGUAUUAUUGAUUAUAAUUAAUGAAACUAUGUCAUAGUA